AUGGCUAAUUUCACUGUGAGUGGGUUUAUGCUGAUGGGAUUUUCUGCCAAGCCAGAGCAGGAAAUCCUACUUGCUUCUCUGUUCUUAGUGUUAUACAUGGUGGCAUUAACUGGCAACAUCCUCAUUAUCACCGCGACUUCCAUGGACAGUAGUCUGCACUCACCCAUGUAUUUCUUCCUGAAACAUCUCUCCUUCCUGGACCUGUGCUACAUUUCCGUGACGGUGCCACGUGCUCUAUGUAAUUCUUUCAUGCAUGGCGGCUACAUUUCCUUUGGGGAAUGCAUAGUGCAGUGUUUUGCUUUCACUCUCUGUGCAUCUGCUGAGGUAUCUAUGCUCACGGUGAUGUCUUAUGACCGCUACAUGGCCAUCUGCCUUCCAUUGCGCUACGAAAUCAUCAUGGAUGUCAACAAAUGUGCCCAUGGAGUCUUAGGUGUCUGGAUCAGUGGGCUCAUUUCUGGAGUUAUGCAAACAGCGGCCACUUUCUCCAUGCACUUCUGUGGUUCCCAGAUUCACCAAUUUUUCUGUGACAUCCCCCAGCUCCUGAAACUUUCUUGUUCUAAGGAGUAUGUCAGUGAAAUUGGAAUAAUUGCCUUCUUGUCUUUUAUGUCUUUUCUUUGCAUCAUCUUCAUUGUACUGUCCUAUGCACAGAUAUUCUCUACUGUGCUGAGGAUGCCAUCUGCUGAGAGCAGAGCUAAGGCCUUCUCCACUUGCCUUCCCCACCUCGCUGUUGUCAUUUUAUUUAUUUCAACCAGUGCAUUUGAGUUUCUCAAGCCCCCUUCUGACUCACCCAGUACACUGGAUAUUUUUCUCACUAUUAUGUACACGGUUGUGCCCCCAACACUCAACCCAAUGAUCUAUAGCCUGAGAAAUAAAGCCAUAAAAGUUGCUUUAAGAACAGUUUUCCAAAGAAGAAAUAUUGAUCUCUCUUGUUGA